CUCGAGAGGGGUGGGGAAGAAGUGACUUGUGGGAUGCGGCAAGAGAGACAGAGGGGGAGAGUGACUGACACACAGAGUGAAACAACAGCGAGACUAGCGGGAAAGAUAUAAAAUAACCCGCUUUACGGUUAAUUUAUCGCCUGACAUUCAGGUUUGCGCAGACAGACAGCGGAAGAAAAAGUUCAGAUUCCACAAACCAGCGCGUGGGAGUGGGAAGCAGGAUCGUGACUGACUGAGGCAAGCUCCACUGUCUGUCUCGUCAUGGCAGGACCUGGAGGUGACAUGCAGUGGUGCUUCUCUCAGGUGAAAGGAGCCAUUGAUGAUGAUGUAGCUGAAGCGGACAUCAUAUCCACAGUUGAGUUCAACCACACAGGGGAGCUGCUAGCCACUGGAGACAAGGGUGGGCGUGUAGUCAUUUUCCAGCAGGAAAUAGAGAAUAAGAAUCUGCCUCAGUUCCGGAGCGAAUACAACGUUUACAGCACUUUUCAGAGCCAUGAGCCCGAGUUUGACUACUUGAAGAGUUUGGAAAUAGAAGAGAAGAUCAACAAGAUUCGCUGGCUUCCUCAGAAGAAUGCUGCUCAGUUCCUGUUGUCGACUAACGAUAAGACAAUCAAGUUGUGGAAAAUCAGUGAACGAGACAAGAGACCAGAUGGCUAUAAUCUCAAAGAAGAGGAUGGACGCUACAAAGACCCCAACACUAUCACGUCACUGCGGGUACCCGUUUUAAUACCCAUGGACCUCAUGGUGGAAGCCAGUCCACGGAGGGUGUUCGCCAACGCUCACACCUACCAUAUCAACUCUAUCUCGGUCAACAGUGACGAGGAGACUUACCUGUCUGCAGACGACCUCCGCAUCAACCUCUGGAACCUCGAGAUCACCGACCGCAGCUUCAAUAUUGUUGACAUUAAACCGGCCAACAUGGAGGAGCUAACGGAGGUGAUCACAGCAGCAGAGUUCCAUCCUCAUCAGUGUAACACCUUCGUCUACAGCAGCAGCAAAGGAACCAUCCGUCUGUGUGACAUGAGGGCUUCAGCGCUGUGCGACAAGCAAUCCAAAUUGUUUGAGGAGCCAGAAGAUCCCAGUAAUCGCUCUUUCUUCUCUGAGAUCAUAUCCUCCAUCUCAGAUGUUAAGUUUAGCCACAACGGACGCUACAUGAUGACCAGAGAUUACUUGUCCGUUAAGAUUUGGGAUCUGAACAUGGAGAACAGGCCAGUGGAGACCUAUCAGGUUCAUGAGUACCUGAGGAGCAAGCUGUGCUCGCUGUAUGAGAAUGACUGCAUCUUUGACAAGUUUGAAUGCUGCUGGAAUGGCAAUGACAGUGUGGUGAUGACUGGCUCAUACAACAACUUCUUCCGGAUGUUCGACCGUGGCCAAAGGCGGGAUGUAACCUUGGAGGCCUCCCGAGAAAACAGCAAGCCCAUGCAGGUCCUAAAGCCUCGCAAAGUUUGCGCUGGGGGCAAGCGCAAGAAGGACGAAAUCAGCGUGGACAGUUUGGACUUCAACAAGAAGAUCCUUCACACUGCCUGGCAUCCCCAGGACAACAUCAUUGCAGUGGCGACGACCAACAACCUCUACAUAUUCCAGGAUAAAGUGAACUAACACCGGGGUGAGUUUAUGUGAGAUCUGGCGCGGGUGAUGUCACGUGUACCACCUGCAGCCUCGCAAGCCUCACCCAGGGUGAUCUGCGGUAAUGCCGACAACCAGCAUCCCUGUCCAUCGCUACUGGGUGACCAGACUUUGCCACUUUGUUCUAGAUGUGGACAGAGGAAGCCUCGCUCUUGCCCAUCAUCAGCCUGUCUGUGGCAGAGUAACACCUGCCUUGUUGUUUAAGUGAUGUUGUGCCAAUUCUUUUCUUUUCCCUUUUUGAUAUUGCUAUAUUUUUUUUGCCAGCCCAAAACCCAUGUUACCAGAGGGGAAGAAAGGGGCAGGCCCUUUCGUCCCUUGUGGUAAAAUGGGUACACAAGUUUGAUUUCCUUAAAAUUCUGAAUACAGACACACUUAUUUUUAUAACUUUCCCCCCCAAUGGCUCUGUGGUAGAAAAUGAAAAACACUUAUUUAGUAUGUCCCCUUAUUGUCCUGUGCCAUUGUAGUGUUUAUUUUUCUAAGAAAAAAAUUGCCAGUCUUUUUUUUUUUUUUUUUUUGUGCGUGUGUAUACACCUUUUUAUUAAUUCGUCAGUUAUACAGUCAUAGUAUUCUUCAUGUCUCCCCUCGUUCAUUAAACCAUGCAUACUCAACAGUCACAAAUGUAUGCGCACAGUUUUGUUUCCACACUUGCUGCUCGUACGUGCAGGACAGCAACACCUCAGCGGUUGCCUCCAGGAGUUUGAGGAGUACAGUGUGUUCUCACAGAUUGAAAGCCCGGCCCAGUGAGGAUUUGUCCCGCUCACUGUUGCUGUGCCUCAGGCUCAAAUAUGUCCAGAGUACAGAAUAGAUCCUCUUUUUUCUUUUUUUUGAUUGGCUCUGUCUCAACGUCUUUUGUGCAUUGGUUCCUCUUCCUCCUUUUGUUUGUGUUUGACAAUAGUCAGGUAUAAGAGAUAGCCUAUUCAAAGAUAAUUAUUAUGAUUGUCAUAUUUAUAUUAAAAAAAAGUUAAAAUGUCACCAGAUUUGUUCCGUCCUAUUUUGUGAAAUGAACCUGGACCUUACACUUCUUUUAGAGUGAUCUUUAAUUAUUGUCUUCCUAUGGUGUACCACAACUUUGAAGCAGUACUUCACAACAGGGAAAAAACUUUUUGAUUUGACACUGGACUCUUGCUGCACCAACUAAAGUACUUGGAUGUGUUGUAAGUUUAAAAGAAAACAUUAUUUGAGGCAUUAAGUCACUUAAAGUGUUUGUUUAAAACUACUGCAGACAUUAUAACUGCUACUGUAAUGUGAUGGUACAAUAAGCUGCACAAGGAUUUGCGGCAAUUAAUGUCUCCACACGUAUUUAAAAUGUGGACAGUUCAAUUAAAUUGAUGCCUCUAGUAAUGUAUAACUACAGUUUUAAUCUAUGACGGUGAAGAUAAUAAAGGAACUACUUUUUG